AUGAAUCGUCCCAUUUCUCUCUUCUCCGUCGCUCUGAUCUCUUUCCUCUGCCUCCAUCAUCGUGUUCUCGCUGCUUCCCACUUCGAAGGUUUUGAUGCCGAAGACGACGAGUUUUUGGAGGAUUCCACUGAGCUUCACCACUCUCUCCGUCCUCCUCUCGUGACUCGGUCUGAGUCAACGGUUCUGGAUCUGGAACCAUCUCCCGAAUCCGAUUCUACUCCGAUUUCUAAAUCGGAUCCUUCUCCGACUCAGACAGCUUCCCGGAAGCCCUCGUCAACCUCGUUCGAUUUCUGGGAUGAAGAUGAGUUCGAGGGAUUGCCGGAGGAUGAACGGAUGGUGGAAUCUCCGGUUAUCGCCGACAACGCAUCUCCUGCCGAUCCACAGACUCCAGAUCCGGAGUCUGCCUCAGAAAAUCCGGACACUGCUCUUCCGAAGAAGAAGCCGUCGUACACGGUGGAGAUCGUCUGCGUCUCUAUCUUGAUUGCUUACGCGAUCAACUACUUCACUGGAAAGCGUGAGAACGAAAACCUCGCUUUGGCUUGGGCCACGAAAUUCGGCCUUAAAGAUACCAUUUUCGAAAAAAACUUCAGUUUGCUUGGAGUUGGUGAAACAGACGACUCUCCGCUGCUGCUGAAGGAAGCGACGAACGUGUUCAAGUUCUACGCGAGCGGGCGUAGGUAUUGCCAUGGGCUGUUGGCGACCAUGGAGCUUAAGAGCAGGCACGAUCUGAUCUCGAGGCUAUUCAACUCGGUGGUCCCUUGUAAAGAUGAGAUUAGUUUCGAGGUAUACAUGAACGACGAGGCCAUGGAUCACAUCGUGUUUGCGAUGGCGAGGAAGAAGGCAGCGAAAGCGAUGCACAAGGAGCUGAGGGAUCUGCAGAGAUUCGGAGGGAUUGUGCCCACUCCCGGCGGGAGGAAGUGGGUAUCGGAGGAGUUAUCUGUGGUCUCUGAGUCUAAGGAAGUAGCUGGGGAUAUGAUCACAGAUAUUGUACUUGAUCAGGUAUUUGGUGACAAGUCUUUCGAAAAGUUUGGGAAGUAUUUCAUCUCAAUGCAUUUUUCGGACCAACUUCCUGGCAAGCACAGGAAGAUGCUGCUUUUCAAGUUUGCCCUACCUGAUGCUAAACACAUGGAUGAUCUGGUUCGGUGGGUAGCGCUUAUUCCGUAUUACAUUGACUUAGUUGGACGCUACAAGCUCAGCUCCCAGGCACGGAACAAAACCGAUGGUGCUAGACAAAAAGCAGCUCAGGAAGCGUACAAGGAACUUCAGAAUGUGAGACAAGAGGCGUUGCAGAGAAAGAAAGCCGAGAAGAAGAAAAUAUUGGAGGAGGCGGAGGCAAAGCUUAGCGCCGAGGCUCUAAGGAAGAGAGAGGCAAAAGAACGUGCACGCCAGAUGAAGAAGUCAAUGCCAAAAGUUAAGAUGAGUCGUGGUCACUAG